UGUGCACAUGGCGGCGCUCGCGCUCUGUGACCCGGAUGCAGUUUUCACGGUCAGCGAGCUGCUUCUCGGGCUGCUGUUAUCAAAUAAAAGGUGUUCGUCUGCUGAAAAUACGCGCUUAUACACAUAAAAUACACACAGAACCGUUUCUCAAAACCAUGCCAAGUGCUCAAUGAGGUGUCCGGGUGACGAUGGCUGUGGUGUCGCGGAAGGAAACGUGUCUGCUUGCUGCGCUGGUGGUGGGCUGCUACUGGAACAGCCUGCUGUGUGGCUUCGUGUUCGACGACGUCUCCGCCAUCUUGGAUAACAAGGACCUUCGUCCCUCGACGCCGAUUGAGAACCUGUUCCUCAAUGACUUCUGGGGGACCCCCAUGUCAGAGGAGCGGAGCCAUAAAUCCUACAGGCCGCUCACUGUGCUCACCUUUCGCCUGAACUACCUGCUGAGCGAGCUGAGUCCAGCCUCCUACCACCUGUUCAACAUGAUUCUUCACGUGGCCGUGUGCGUCCUCUUCCUGCGCUUCUGCCGCCUGCUGAUGGACCGCACGACCAGCCUGGUGGCCGCGCUGCUGUUCGCCGUCCAUCCGAUCCACACCGAGGCUGUCACAGGUGUCGUGGGGAGAGCCGAACUGCUGUCCUCAAUCUUUCUCCUGGCGGCUUUCCUGGCGUACACCAAGUCGAAAGGCGCGGAUCGCUCCAUCGUGUGGACGCCCAUCGUAGUGACGGUGCUCCUUGUGGCCGUUGCGACGCUGUGUAAGGAGCAGGGAAUCACUGUGAUCGGGAUAUGCUGUGUGUACGAAGUGUUUGUAGCCCAAGGGUUCACGUUGCCCCUGCUGAUCGAGACGGCGCUGCAGGUGGUACGAGGGAAGGACAUUUUUCCCUAUGCGGUGCUGCAGACCUUGCUGAAGCUGGUGGUGCUGGUCAUCAGCACGCUGCUGCUGGUCAUAGUGCGAGUACAGGUCAUCCAGUCGCAGCUGCCCGUCUUCACCAGGUUCGAUAACCCGGCAGCCGUCAGCUCCACGCCGGCCCGGCAGCUCACCUUCAACUACCUGCUUCCUGUGAACGGCUGGCUCCUGCUCAACCCGUCGGAGCUGUGCUGUGACUGGACCAUGGGCACCAUUCCUCUGGUGGAAUCUGUACUAGACCCGCGCAAUCUGGCAACCCUGGCCUUCUACGUGCUGCUGGGACUCCUGGCUUAUCACAGCCUGCGCCACGCCCACAGCUCCGCCAAGACCGUCCUCAUGGGUCUCUCUCUGAUUGUUCUCCCGUUCAUCCCAGCGUCCAAUCUGUUCUUCCCCGUGGGCUUCGUGGUGGCCGAGCGCGUGCUUUACGUUCCCAGCAUGGGCUUCUGUGUCCUGGUGGCUCACGGUUUCAAGAGCCUGGCAUUGCGAGGGGCUCUGAAGAAAGUCUCCUGGUUGUUUAUGGGCAUUCUUCUAAUGACGCACGCUGUGAAGACGUUCUACAGGACCUGGGACUGGGAGUCGGAGUACACCCUGUUCACCUCUGCCCUAAAAGUGAACAAGAACAAUGCAAAACUCUGGAACAAUGUCGGCCACGCUUUGGAGAACCAGAACGAUUAUGAGCGAGCGCUCAGAUAUUUCCUCCAGGCUACAAGAGUACAACCAGACGAUAUCGGUGCCCACAUGAACGUUGGAAGAACUUACAAGAAUCUCAAUCGAUCCAAAGAGGCUGAAGAAGCAUAUCUGGUUGCAAAAUCUCUUAUGCCACAGGUAAUUCCAGGAAAGAAGUAUGCGACUCGCGUAGCCCCUAACCACCUGAAUGUGUAUAUCAACCUAGCAAACCUGAUCCGAGCCAACGACUCGCGGCUGGAGGAAGCGGACCAGCUGUACAGGCAAGCCAUCAGCAUGAGGCCCGACUUCAAACAAGCCUACAUCAGCAGAGGUGAACUCCUGCUGAAGAUGAACAAGCCCAGCGAGGCAAAGGACGCCUACUUGCGCGCGUUAGAGCUGGACCAUACCAACGCUGAUCUGUGGUACAACCUGGCCAUCGUUAACAUCGAGAUGAAGGAUCCUUCGGAAGCGCUGAGGAACUUCAACCGAGCGCUGGAUCUCAACCCACGUCACAAACUUGCCCUUUUCAACUCGGCACUGCUAAUGCAGGAAUCCGGUGAGGUCAAGCUUCGCCCUGAAGCAAACCGCCGCUUCCUGAGCUACGUGGAGGAGGAACCCAACGAUGCCAACGGCUACUUCAACCUGGGCAUGCUGGCCAUGGAUGCUGAGGAAAAUGAAGCGGCGGAACGCUGGAUGCGCAAAGCCAUCGCGCUGCAGCCUGGCUUCCGCAGUGCCCUGUUCAACCUGGCGCUGCUGCUGGCGCAGGGGAAGCGUGAGCGAGAUGCACUGGCAGUGCUGGACGAGCUGCUGCACCACCACCCUGAGCACUCCAAGGGCCUUAUCCUGAAAGGCGACAUUCUCAUGAACCAGCUGAAGGACACUCGCGGCGCACGGGAAGCCUUCGAGCGCAUCCUGCGUUCUGACCCGGGAAACGUUCAGGCCAAGCACAACCUGUGUGUGGUGUACUUUGAGGAGCGUCAGCUGGCACGGGCGGAGCAGUGUCUGCAGGAGACGCUGGCCAUGGCACCGCACGAGGAGUACGUACAACGCCACCUCGCCAUCGUCCGCGCCAAAAUGGCCGCCAUGAGUGCCGCCGGAAAGCCACUGGCACCAGCAGAGGGGGCUGAGGUACCGGCAAAACAGCAGAAGCAGGCUGAGAGAGAGGAAGAGGAGGAUGCAGUGGGAGCAGGGGAAGAGGCAGGGGGAGAGAAGAAUUUGCGGAAAUCCUCCCACGCUGAAAACUCCAGCGGCCGGGAGAAGAAGCUGGACGCCGGCCAAGCCGGCAAGCGGACUAAGAGCAAAUCCACGCAAGAGAUUAAAGACAUAGAAAAGAAAAGGGAGGCGGCGUUAAAGAGACUGGAGGAGAUCGAGCGCAUAUUAAGCAGUGAUUAACCUUGUUUUUUUUUUAACUGCCUCCAGACUACUUUUAUAGAUCUAUUUAAAGCACAGGGAGGAGGAUUUGUGAGGUUUCCAAAACAAGAGAUUGUUUAUGCAUUCGUUUGAGAACACGGGUGUUUUGGGUUUGAAUUGGCUUUUUAAUGUGAGGCAGAGUCACGCUUCUUGUGACUUUUGAGUACAAAUCAGGUGAGCAAUCCUGAGUUAGGAGAAAAGCACAAAAUUAGGUACUUUUUUUAAUGACUUAAAGAUCCUGAAUGCCUAAGUGCUAUCUAUAUGUGUAUAUAUGUAUUUU